AUGGCGACGAACACGGUGAGGGUGGUGCUGCUCUGCGCGAGCCUGAUAUUCAUACAGCAAGCAAGCGCCGAGCUCCGAGGGCGGUGUCCGGCGGAGAACGCCGCGUGCCCGCCGCGGGCGAGCCCCUGCGGCUCCGACGACGACUGCGGGGAACAGAUCUGCUGCAACACCUCCUGCGGAAAGACUUGCGUGGAACCGCUUCAUACUGGUUGUGAAAAUAUAAAACUAUCAUCGGAGCGGAUAUCUCGGGCCUUAGCAGCCGAGAAAAAUCGCGGAGGACGCGGUGUGGUGAGCUCUCUGAGGUCGCCGAGAUGUAGAGUCUCUGAUGGCGAAUUUGAACAAAUCCAAUGCGAUAACGAGAUAGUAAGCUCUUGUUGGUGUGUGGACCCUACAGGAUUUGAGAUCCCUGGCACUCGAGCUCCAGCAGCCAGUCUUGUAAACUGCACGAGAAUAUCUGCUUGUGCUGCUCAUACUUGCCGAAUGCUCUGCCCGCUAGGCUUCGAGCUCGACAGUCGCGGCUGUCCCUUGUGCAAGUGCAGGGACCCUUGCUCCGGCGUCACGUGCCCGGGACAGUUGUCCUGUCAGCUCGAGGAGAUACCGUGCUUGAGGUCGCCAUGCCCACCUGUGCCUACGUGUAAAAGAGGACGAAGUCUUCAUAAUAUAUGCCCAGUUGGUGAACCACUUCUAAUAUCGGAAACGAGUCGACCGUUCCUGUGCGGGACUGACCCUGGGAAACCAAACUGCCCCCCGCUGUACAGAUGUCUAGUCGACUCAGGAAAUGACUACGGCGUCUGCUGCCCCGCGUCUCUCGAGCUGCAAAAAGCCGGUACUUGCCCAGCGCCAUCGACAUCUACUACAUCAGAUCUCGACUGCGGGACGCCGUGCGCUCACGACUUGGAAUGCCCGUCGAUGCUUAAGUGCUGCGAUGGCGGCGAGUGUGGGAAACACUGCACGCUGCCCCAUAACGUGACCAUGUGUACGCAACAGAAGAUGUUAGCGGAGCUACUGGUGGUUAGUGAGAAAGAAGGCAGAGGAUAUGUACCGCAAUGUGCUGGCGAUGGGUCUUUUGAGUACAAGCAGUGUUCUAGGAAUGGCUUGGUUUGUUGGUGCGUAGAUACCGAUGGAAAUAAACUCCGAGGCUCAAUGGGUCCCGCAGCAUCAGUCCGGUGCUCCUUGGCGCGACCCACCAGGUCCGGCGCCAGGAGCCUCGAUGCUUGUGCCAGGGCCCUGUGCGCGGGCGUCUGCGAGUAUGGCUAUAAGAUAGGAAACGAUGGGUGUCCAACUUGUGAGUGCGACGACCCCUGCGCCGGCUUCCCCUGCGAGGACGGAGAGGAGUGCGUGCGAGUUAAAGAUUCAGACUGCUCCGGGGAGCUGUGUACGGGUUAUCCUGUUUGUCGGCCAAAAAUCUCGUACGACAAUCCAUGUGAAGAAGGAGUCCCGGCGACUGACGAUGAUGGCUCGGUUAUGAGCUGCGACUCAUCCCAGCAGUGCCCGCCCGCGCAUGCGUGCACGCGCGCGCGCCGCACUAGCGCCGGCCUGUGCUGCCCCGACACCGGCUAUGCGGACAAUUCCACGGAAACUGAAUCGACGGAGAUAACUUUUGAAUCGUGCGGAACUGAGGUGGAAUCGGUGUGCAAUAUGAACUCAACCGCGGCGUGUCCCGAGGGCGAGUGCGAGGAUGGGCAGGUGUGCUGCGCUGCCAGCUGCGGGCCCAUCUGCGUCGACGCCGACAAGCUGCGCCUGCAGGCCGACCGGGUCGACGAUACCCCUACCAUGUGUGAAUAUCUCAGAGAUUUCGACGAAAAGAUGGAAGGUACUGUUGAUGGCAUGAAGCUAGCGCUGCCGGCGCCAUCUUGUAACCCUGACGGAUCCUUCACUUCGCAGCAAUGUGCCAACGGGCGAUGUUGGUGCGUCGAUUCAUUCGGCACUGAAAUACCUGACACAAGCACUAAUGAAACUGCUUUGGAUUGUGAUAAACUGAGGUCCCAGCUGUCCUGCCUAGAGCUGACCUGCCGCAUGGGCUGCGACUACGGAUUCGAGCUGGGCGCCGGCCGCUGCCCCACGUGCAAGUGCCGCGACCCCUGCGCCGGCGUGGCGUGCCCUGCCGGCCGCGCCUGCGCGCUCGUCGACGUCGCCUGCGACGCGGACUACUGUCCGCCUGUGCCUGCUUGUCUCCCGCACAAGACAGGGCAGUGCCCGUACCUGGUGCCGUGGACGGGCGCGUGCGAGUGGGCGUGCCGCAGCGACGCAGAGUGCGGCGCGCGUCGGCGCUGCUGCGCCACCGGUUGCGGCACCGCCUGCGCCGACGCCGUGCACCAGACCGCCUGCCAACAGCGCAGAGCUCUAGCACUACAUACAGCUGCAGAAAGUGGAAAUCCCCCAUCGUGGACGUGGGUUCCCAACUGCAAGGAAGAUGGCACUUACGACAACAUUCAAUGCCGCGGCUCCAAUAAAGUUUGUUGGUGUGUAGACACAGCUGGCAAUGAGAUACCUGGAACAAGAACAACGAAUUCUACACCAACUUGCGAUGCGCCAUCUCCAUGUCCAACCCCUGAUUGUGACGAACAGAUUUGUCCCCAUGGACCAGAACUAGAUGAUAAGGGCUGUCCCACUUGCUCUUGUAGAGACCCUUGUGCAGAGGCAAAAUGUAGAGAAGAUGAGACUUGUGAGCUUGUACCAUUGGAAUGCGAGGGCACGCAGGGCGAGGCGUGUCCGCCGCUGGCGCGCUGCUCGCCGGCGCCGCAGUGCCCGGUGGGGGCGCCGCUGCCGGCGCCGGGGGGCGGCGCCCUGCGCUGCGGUCCGCGCGCCGCCGCCUGUCCCUCCACACACGCCUGCCGCUUCGCUCCGCACGACUCCGCGCCCUCCGUCUGCUGUCCUAAACCUAGAACAGUCUGCUUUGAGAGCAAAGACGAAGGCGUAUGCGCGAAUGGCGAAGGUCUGAACGUGACGCGCUGGUACUUCAACCACGAGCGCAACAGGUGCGAGCGCUUCCGCUACCACGCCUGCUCCGGCAACCACAACAACUUCCGCACCAAGGAGGAGUGCAACGCUGUGUGUCCCGUGUUGAGUCCAUGCGAGAGACUGCGCGAGAAGAACGAAGCCGCAGCGCUAAAAUACGGCAAAGGGACGUUCGUGCCCAAGUGCGACGCGAGCGGCGCCUGGGAGCCCGUCCAGUGCAUGUCGCAUAUUGAUGUAUGUUGGUGUGUGAGUUCUCGCGGAGAGCCGCAAAAGGGCUCGCUAGUGCGUGGCGCCAGGCCCACCUGUAACUUCAGACAGGCGCGUAAGUGGGUGAGGCGCGACCCGCUAGAUGAAAAGGCAAGAGCCGACGAAGUACUAGAAGAGCUUAUUCGACAAAUGACAGCAUAUAGGAUAGAAGAUUUCGAAGAAGAUUUUGAUAGCAUCGAAUUAGAGCCUGAACAUCGCGCUGGGGACGCCCCGGUCUCCACUGAGAUAUCCUCCAACGAAGAUAGUUCAGUGCUUGCUGAAGUGAUCGAGCCGAGGUUAGUCGAAACUACGAGAAGAAAGACCAUACCAGUGGAAGUGACGCAGAGAACCGACUUCAAAACUAAAUGUCAGAUGAUGCAAGAAGAAAGUGAUAAUGGAGGUGACGGUUACCGGCCGCGAUGCUCGCCGGAUGGCUCGUUCUCGCCGCGGCAGUGCGGACGCGCGCGCUGCUGGUGCGUGGACGCGGCGGGGCAGGCGCGGCCUGCCGCCGCGCUGCGCGGGGAAUGUGAGGUCACCCACAUAGAGUCAGCACUUCUCGAGCUAGAGCUAAUAGGUGUUGAAGAAGCAGUAGGAGAGAAAGCAAAAGCCAUACUGACUUCUCGUCUGUCCGCACUCGGCGCAACAGUGCCGGUUACUGUGAGCAACGACCAUGGGGUUGUUAGACUACGCGCUAUGCUGUCUGGACCUAGAGCUGCAGAUUUGGUUUAUCAUCUUGAAACACAGGUGAAGAAUGAGAAACUGUCUGGCGCGAGGAAGUCGGACGAGGGAGUGCUGGGAGCUGACGUCAUCCGCAGCGAAUACCGCCUCGCCGCGCCCGCGCCCGCCGUGCACAGGGAGAUCGUUAGCGAGUCUACUGUAUCAGCGGCCACAUCUUACCACACAGCACUGAUCGUGCUGGCAGCCACCUCCGCCUUUAUUAUCAGCGUACUGUGUGUGCUGGUGAUGUUGUACCGCGCUCGGCUACAGAGAGAGCCUCACAAGGCCGAGCGGUUCCUCCCCGCAGCUCCUCCUGUCUACGUUCUCUCUGCUGACGAGAAGGCGGAACUGGCGAGGGUCCUGCACGCUCCACCUGCGCCAGUACCACCUGUUGAUGACCAUACGAGAGUG